AUGUCGAAGUACGCUCUCAGUCUCCUGAUCCUCCUCGUGGCCUCUGACGGCUCCUGGGCUGAAGAGAAGGAUCUGCCUGUCUCUGAGCUCCUGUGGAGAGCCAACCGUGAUGUUGUGCGUAGGGAGGAUGAGCCCCUCGUCAUAGAUGACAUCGCCUAUGACGAUGAGAAUGAGAGAAACAGUGAUCCGUGCGUCAGCUACGGCUGCAUGUGGCCCAGGUCGGCUGAUGGGAACAUAUACGUGCCCUACACCAUCGCCUCACACUACUCUUCCCGUGAGCGCUCCAUCAUCGAGCGCGGGCUGCAGUCCUUCCAUGAGGUCUCCUGCAUUCACUUCGUCCAAAGAACCAGCCAGAGAGACUUCCUGAGCAUCAAGUCCGACAGCGGCUGCUAUUCCUACGUUGGCCGCCGUGGUUACUCCCAAACAUUGUCUCUAGACCGUCAGGGCUGCCUCUACCACAGCACCGUCCAGCACGAGCUGCUCCACGCCCUCGGCUUCAACCAUGAGCAGUGUCGCUCCGACAGAGACCAGUACAUCCGAAUCCUAUGGGAGAACAUCCAGUCCGGUUGGGAGUACGCCUUCGACAAGAUCGACACUCUGAACAUGGACACCCCCUACGACUACAACUCUGUCAUGCAGUACCACAGGUUUGCCUUCUCUGCAAACAAUAAGGCCACCGUGGUGCCCAUCCCCAACCCUAAUGUAGAGAUAGGCACGGCCACCCAGAUGAGCAGCAACGACAUCAAGAGACUGAACAGGCUGUACAAGUGUACACGUUUCAAACCGUGAUAAAAGCAGCCCUGACAACAUGAAGCCGACUCACACAUCAAAUCAUCUGUUUAAGAUUCUGAGGAUCCUCUCCCACUCUUUCAUACAAUUUGGCACAUUAU